UGUGUGUUUUCUCCAUGUGGAGGGUAGAUAGUGUUGUAGUUUGUUUUUAGUUUAAUAUUGCUGUUAAUUUUUUUUCGCCGUCUUUCUUUUUUUGUUUCUUCGGGAAACUCUUCCCAACCGUUGCUAGUUUGUUUUAGCUAACCGUUAGUUUUGUUUUUUUAAAUUUGACUGCGCAAGACCCUUAAACGGCUUUUUAAAAAAGGAAAAAAAGCGUGGCAUUGUCCACACUUAAGAACAACUUGUUCUCCUUUUCGUACUCAAUAACUUUGACGGGAGUGUGAUUUCGUAGACUUCUCUCGUUAAACUUGCGGCGUCAGGUUGUGCCUCGUCGCCAUGGAGGGUUACGGCUGUCACUCGGCAACGCAGGAGCAUCCACAUCCGUUCGUUCACGAAGUGAGACUCACCGGGGCGCAGAGGAUCAGGGGCAUAAUUCUGGGCAGCAUCCUCUUCCCUCUACGCGUCACACUGACAGCCUUUUUCUUCCUCCUCAUAUGGCCUUUCGCCCGGCUGCGAAUGGCCGGCCUGUCUGAGGAGGACCGCUCUCAGCCCAUCACGGGCUGGCGGCACUGGCUGCUCCACCCGAUCGUUUUGCUGCUGAGCCGAGCCGCCUUCUUCUCCCUAGGCUUCCUGUGGGUGAAGGUCAAAGGUUGCAGAGCAGAUCUGAAGGAGGCACCGGUGCUGGUGGUGGCGCCUCACAGUGGCUUUCUGGACAUGCUGGUCCUGUGCUUAACCCAGCUGGCAACGGUGGUGUCGCGGUCGGAGAACACCAACCUGCCAGUCAUAGGAGCUUUGCUUGAGUUCAACCAGUCUGUGCUAGUGAGCAGGAAGGAUCCAGAGUCGAGGAAAAAGGCAGUCACCCAGCUCACAGAGAGGCUGACGUCCAAUGGCCACUGGCCUCAGAUGCUGAUGUUUCCAGAGGGAACCACAACUAACGGCCGCGUUCUCAUCAAAUUCAAGCCUGGUGCCUUCCUUGCCGGAGUCCCGGUCCAACCUGUUCUGUUGCGUUACCCCAACAAACAGGAUACUGUUCGCUGGACAUACAAAGGAACAACCUGGACUGAGGCACUGUGGCACACAACUUCACAGUUCUACACCAACAUGACUGUUGAGUUCCUACCAGUUUACAACCCUUCCCAGGAAGAGAAGAAUGACCCCAACUUGUAUGCGGACAAUGUUCAGAAACUCAUGGCCAAGGCCCUCGGGGUCCCAGCUACAGAUUAUGUGAUGGAGGGCGGAGUUCCUGUCAGUAAACUGGGCGGUCUCUCUCUCCCACUGGAGUCUCCUGCCAGGAAAACACUCUCAAUGAUGCACAAAAACGGCCUGGAGUCAUUUGAAGUGGAAGCAGCACUGGACCGAAUGAUUGACAGGUAUCACUCAGGAGCUCAGGGGUCAAAGGCCAGUGCAGAGGAGCUCGCCUCUAUUCUCGGACUGACAGAUAGAGAGACAGCCGUCAAAGUCUGUGGCCUCUACUCCAAGGAUGAAAGUGUGGACUUCAGACAGUUUUAUUUGAGUGUUGCCGUCCUCUCAGGAUUUGUCAGCUUCAAAUCACUACUUCACACUGCUUUCGAUAUGUUUGACAGGGAAGGCAGAGGCAGUCUGAGUGCAGAGGAGUUGUCAGACCUAAUGGGGGCGCUGCUGGGUGUUUCCCAGCACAGCACUGCUGAGCUGUACAUGGAGGCCUCCAAUCAAGGCGAGCUUACUGAAGAAAAUCUGCUGCGAGUGCUGACGACCCACCCGACCUAUCAGAGAGUGGUGAAUGAGUACCUGCAGCCGGAGGAGGCGGGCUCUCACCUGCCAUUCACUCCGCUGGCCAAUGGGAAGGCUGUGAACAACAACGGAAACAUUGACAACAGCAGCGGACCCCUUCACUACAAGAAAAAGUUUGAAUGAGGAUUUUUCUCUGAAUCUUAAGGGAAAGUCAGAUUCCUCUUUUUGCUGGAUGUUAAGUCAAGUGUUUUAUGUGCUUAGCAUCCUCGAGUGCAGUUACGGAGCUGUUCAAACCAGAAUAAUCGUCGACAAAGGAUUGUAUUUUUAAAGUUUUGUGUCAAAUAGU